AUUAUUGGAUCUCAAUAAAGUUUUCUGUUCCCAAAGCUAAGCCUUGAAGACUUUAUCAUGUGCAAAAGUUUGUCAACAUCGCUUUGUCUAAAAGGAGCGCAAAGGCGAAUUUAGUUAUUGCACAAGGAUACGCGUUCCCUAACGGCAAAAUGCAGAUGUAUACUAGAACGGUCCAAUAGGAUCUCGUUAGCUCGUGCAUGGCUCUGCCCACCGCCUUGCUUGUUCUGCCCACUAUGACAAAUUUAUUCCUAUUGGAAACGAAAGGCUGUGGUCUAUCUUGGUUAAGUUAUAAAAGUCUUUGGAGUUAUUUUCCUAAAUUCCUUGACUAGAACACGGAAGUAGGAUUGGAGACGACUGUGUCACAGACAGAAGGGGAUUUAGUUAUACAUGUCUUUGACUUUGUUUUGAAUUCCUUGCGUGGAGUAACGAAAGAUCAACUGAAGACUGAAAAUGUCUAAACUACAGUUGCUGCGUGUGUUUUUAAAUGAACGUUUAACGGCGGCAGCUCUGGAGAUUUUCGGGGCAGUUGAGAAAACGGUAGUGGAAUACGAGGAGGAGAAUGAUCGGCUACGGAGACUGCUGCGGAUCACUCCAGAGAUACAACUAUGUAGAAUAGUCCCUCCAGACUCCCUGCAGCUCUCUGCCUAUGAAGAGGAGGUUCCCCCUGAGCAGCAGGAGUGGAGCCCCAGUCUAGGGCAGAAGGACCCAGAGCCCACACAGAUUAAAGAGGAAGAGGAGGAAGUCAGGACCAGUCAGGAGGAAGAGCAGCUUCCAGGGCUGGAGGCUGAUAUCAUGGAGUUCAUAUUCACUCCUUCCUGUGUGAAAAGUGAAUGUGAUCUGGAGGACCCACUUCAGUCCUUGACUCUUCCCCAAACCAAGACUGUGGAGAACAGAGGGAGUGACUCUAAACCAGUGGAUCUCAAACCUUUUGCCACUGUAACCCACCUAAAGGGUCUUGACAUUCUCUGUGACCCUACAGAUACUAAAAACAUUGCCUCCAGCCACAGCUCAGCCGUAAGCAGUGACCCAGUAGGACUUGACAUCAGCCCACCAUUAGAUCCAAACACGUCAAUGGGGGAACACUAUUCCAAACCAAGCACCACAUCUAGAAAAACUCCCCACUGCCGUGACUGUGGUGAAACGUUUCCUCUGAAAGCUGACCUGCAGAGGCACGUGACUCUUACCAAGAAUAUAAUCAGUGAAUGCCGCUUCUGCAAUAAACAAUACAAUUCCACCUGUAAAUUGGAGGCCCAUGUCCAACUCUGUCACAUUGAGAAAUCCUGCACCUGCCCUGUUUGUGGCAAGACCAUCAAACAUAAAGGAGAUCUGUCCAGGCACAUGAGUAUUCACACAGGAGAGAAACCAUUUAGCUGUGGUGACUGUGGAAAAACUUUCAAUCAGAAGGGGCACCUGAACUUGCACAUACUGAGUCACACGGGAGAGAAACCAUUUAGCUGUGGUGACUGUGGGAAAAGCUUCUAUCAGAAGGGAGACCUAGGGAAUCAUAUACUGACUCACACACAAGAGAAACCAUUUAACUGUGGUGUCUGUGGGAAAAGCUUCUAUCAGAAGGGACACCUUACAGAUCAUAAACGGACUCACACAGGAGAGAAACCAUUUAGCUGUGGUGACUGUGGGAAAAGCUUCAAUCUGAAGGGGAACCUAAGAAAGCAUAAACUGACUCACACAGGAGAGAAACCAUUUAGCUGUGGUGACUGUGGGAAAAGCUUCAGUCAAAAGACUAACCUGCUGACUCAUGUCAAAAACAUCCACAAAGGAAGAAAACAGGAUGAAUAGUGAAAGAAGAAAGAAAAUUAGGACAAAGAUGUUCUGUCAGAAGAUAGGAAUAACAGGCAGGAUGUGGACAACACUCUUAGGAAAGCAAAGAAAGACAGUUAGGACAAAGAUCUCCUAUCAGAAGAUAGGAAUAACAGGCAGGAUGUGGACAACACUCGUAGGAAAUGAAAGCUACUCUGGAUCAUUUAUGCGGUUGGUUUGAGAUCAAUAGAUUUGUGAUGGAUUUACUAUUGUAAAAUAUUCUAUAUGAACACAGUUUGAUUUGAAUUAUGAUGUAAUGAUUAAACAUGACACAGCAUUGUAGGAAGCUCACAGGUCUGCUGUUCAGUCUGUUGAUGUUUUCACGUUAUUAGAAACAGGAAUUCCUGGUCAUUUGUUUUAGAAUGUCUCUCAUGUAUGAGAGAAUGGUCUGACUGAUGCCAUUGACACGUUAAAACGUACACACUUUCAGUAAAAUAUGUCAUACAAA